UAGGCGUCUGCCAAUGAACGUUGCUCUUGCGUGUUUUGCUGGGCUUUUCUUAGAGACGACGGACGGCUAGGGAUGUUUUCAAACCAGCAGUAAGCUGGAAAGAGACGUCAUACCAUCGUAGACAACUCCUAAUUUUCCCUAUUUACGAACGUGUUCUUAAAAUCUGCAAGGUGCGAACCGUUUAUGCAAGAGCAAGAGGACCUGAAUAUGUUUGCUACGGUGCAGCAUGCUCCCUGCUGGCCUUAGCUGCCGUAGCCAGAGAGUGGCAGCACCAUGGCCAAGCCAGGCUCAGACAGAGACGGAGCCAUGGUGGAGAAACAAGCUGGCAAGAAGAGUAAGGAUAAGAUCUCUCCAUUCACCAAGACUCCUAAGCUGGACCGCAGUGAGUUUCUGGGGAAGGAGGCUAAAUCCAAGUCUUCCAUGAAGCGCAAGCUGUCCUUCACUGUAAGCCCACCCCGCAAUCAGGAGAAGGACUCUGAUACUGAUGACUCUGACCACGGCCAGUCGAGCGAAGUCUGGGGCGACUCUUUAGCGCCGCCCUGCAGGAUCCACGCAGAGAAAGAUGGACCUGAUAAGAAGAAGGUCAAGAAGGAGGCUGCUGGGAAGAAGUCCUCUUCCUCCUCCUCCUCCUCCUCCUCCACCCCAGUUAACAUCCUGUUUGGCUACCCGCUAUCUGAGCGCAAGCAGAUGGCCCUGCUCAUGCAGAUGACGGCCAGGGACAACAGCCCAGACUCAACGCCAUCUCACCCAUCCCAGACGCCGCCGGUGCAGAAGAAGCACACUGGCAGCAGCUCCACAUCGCGGCAGAAGGACAAGGUGAACAAGCGCAACGAGCGAGGAGAAACGCCAUUGCACAUGGCUGCCAUCCGUGGCGACGUUGCACAGGUGCGCCAGCUCAUCAGCCUCGGGGCUGAUGUCAACGUCAAGGACUUCGCAGGUUGGACUCCGCUCCAUGAGGCGUGUAACCUUGGGUACUACGACGUGGCAAAGGUUCUGAUCUCUGCGGGGGCGGAGGUCAACACGCAGGGCCUGGAUGAUGACACGCCUCUUCACGACGCCUCCAGCAGUGGACACAAAGAUAUUGUGAAGUUGCUGUUGCGGAACGGGGGCAACGCAUUCCAGGCCAACAAGCGGGGCGAGCGGCCUGUAGAUGUGGCCGACUCACAGGAGCUGGAACAGCUGCUGAAGGGGGAGGUGCAGCUGUCUGACCCCGAGGAUAGCUCCUCCGGUAAGGGCUUGGAGCGCCCAGACUCUGAAGACCCCCCUUCUGUUAACCCAUCCAGUGUGGAUGACAACAUGGACGAUUCUGAUGGAGAUAAGGACUCUGACAGCAAGCAUGCAUCAGGGAUGACGGCAAAAGCUUCAUCCUCCGUGUCUGGCCUUGACGAGUAUGAGUUCAAAGAUGAGGAAGAGGAAGAGGACCUGAGCAAAGCACUGAACGACAGGCAUAUCCUUCGUCGUGAACUGCGUCAGAAGGAGAAGGAGGAGAAGGAACGGAACCACUAUGCGUCAAAGCAGGCCAGCAAGAGUGAAACUCCAAACGCCUCAACUAAGCCCAAGAAAUCCAAAGCCUCCAGAGUCAUCUACUGCACUUCGGAUAGCUCCAGCGAUGAGGGUGACGCUCCUGCUGAGAGGAAGGGUUCUCCGACGCGAUCAGGGUGUGUGGACGGACAUAAAGCAGAGAGUCGGUCAAAGAAAGACUCCCAAGGUGGGAUCUCUAUCUCAGACCAAAAGGACAAAGGAAAGGUGAAAAAGAAGAGCAAAAGCCAGAGUAAAAACAAGGAGAACCAAGAAGUCCGGGAGGACGGGAAGGAGAACAGCAAAGCCCUGCUUUUCUCCCCAUCCACAACGUCAGAAAACUCUGACAAGGUCACGAGGGAGGAGGACUCCUUCAAAAUGUCCUUCAGCCCAAAAGAUGACUCCUCUGUCCACCUCUUCCAUCUGUCUGCUGUGAAGUCACCUAAGCUCAACCACAGCCUGUCAGACAAGCAGCCCACUACUCCUCUCAAACAGGAGAACUCCAAGACUUGUGUGCCCAUAGUAGGUGAUGGACCUUGUCAAGUCGAUGGUAUCAAGUACAACCAUUGCACGGAUGGCGAGUACUGUUUAGAGAGCUCUAGCAGUAAGGGCUGCAAACACAAGGAAAAGAGCAAACAUCACCAAAAGGACCUGGGACUGGAGGGAGACGACAGAAGCUCCAGCCCUUUCAAAGAUGGCAGCUUGGGCAACAGCGUGGACGGUGCAGACAUUGCAUUGCGAAAGACUGACAAAGACGGGAAGGUUGUGAAGAAACACAAGCUCAAACACAAGGAGAAGGAAAAAGACAAGGAGAAAUCUAGGAAGGAGUACGAAGCAGACAAGAACCGCCACCGGCCGAAAGAGAAGGAUGGGAGGAAGGAUGCUCAAAGAAACAUGGAGUUUGACCGGGAGUUCUGGAAAGAAAACUUCUUCAAAAGUGACGAGAAUGAAGAACUCAUGUCCAUGGGAAAGAACGCUGAUUCCUCUCUGGGCAACUCUUUGCAAAAGGCCUCAGGUGGAUCGCCUGUCAAAGAAGAGAGGGGGACGACAAAAGACAAGUAUAGUAGUAGCAGCAGCAGCAGUACUAGUAGUAGUGGCAGUAAUAAAGACAGGCGACCAAAAGAAGAGCGAGAGAAGGACAAAUCUGUGAAGAGAGAGAAAAAGGACACCACCUGCAAAGAGGAAAGAGAGAAGGAAGGGAGAGAUAAAGAAAUAGAGGAUUGUGUGCCAGAUGUCGUGGGCUCAGUGCGGGUUCCAGAAGAAUCUCAGCACAGCGUGAAGGAGGAGGUUGAGGACAAGCAUGUCACUGACCCGGAACACCAGGAUCCCUCAGAGAAAAGCUCCCGUGAGAAAGGAGAUAAGAAGCUACCUUCAAAGGACAGAGAGGGAGAAAAGUCUGAGAAAAAACACACAGACAAGGAAAAGAAGAUCAAAACCGAGCACUUCUCCGAUAAAUAUGAACUGCAGAAUUCCACUGAUAAGUGGAAAGAGAGGGAAAAGACGUCAGGCAGCACCUCUCAUUCACCCGGUGAUAAAAACAAGGAAAGUGAAAAACUAAAAUCCCUGUCAGCAGCCAAAAAGCAUGAGGAAAACCGCAAGAGUAAGGAUAAACCUGAUCGGAAAGCUGAGAAGGAUCGUUCUGAAAAGGAACAUGCUGCUGGCGAGCACAGAGAAAGAGAAAAAAUCAGUUCUGAUAGGAAAGGCCGAGUUCCCGAUAAAACAACAGACCAUAACAAGAUGGAUCGAACAAAGGAGAAGGACAAGGAAAAAGAGAAGGAUAAAGAUCGGGAUAGGAAAAAGGAAAAAUCUAAAGAGAACUCCUCUUCUUCUAGCUCAAAUCUUAAACUGCUUCUGGAAGACAAAAAGGGCUAUGUGUCAGAGAGCAGCAAAACUGCCCAAUCAAAGGUGAAGGAGGAUGUUCCCAGGACACCAGAGAAGGAUCGGGACAGACGGGAAAGAGAACGGGAUUCUGAUCGCCAUCGAGAUCGGGAAAGGCACAAGGACAAGGACCGCUCACUGCAGCAGGGCAAAGUAGUGAAGCCUAAGCCUAGUGAACCAGAGGCAGACAGGACCAAAUCCAAAGCUUCACCGUCCUCUAGAGACGUCCGGCCCAAAGAGAAACGAUUGGUCAAUGACGACCUGAUGCAGACAAGCUUUGAGCGAAUGCUGAGUCUUAAGGACCAAGAGAUCGAGCAGUGGCACCGAAAACACCUGGAGAAGAUCAAGCAGAAGGAGCGGGAGAGGAUGAAGCAGAGGCCUGGCUCAGACCUCAGCAAACAGAAAAGCAACAAAGACAAAUCCAAAACCCCUUCCUCCUCCUCUACAGGCGACACCUGCCCAGGCAAGGAACUCUUGCGCUCCAAGAGCUCAGAGGCCUCUGAACCACAUAGCCGGGACAAACCCUUGAGGGAUGCCACCAGUGGGAGAACAGUGUCACUUGAUUCGAAGAACUUGUCUGCCUUCGGUAAGUUGGGCCCUGCCUUGGAGAACAGCCUUAGUCGAUCCCCAAGACCAGAGAGCGAGCGUUCAGGUCACAUGUCCCGGUCAGUGUCCAUGGUCUCAGUGGCCAGUUCAGAGGACUCGUGCCAUGCCACAAUACUGACGCCCAGACCAGCUGAAUAUGACUCGGACCUCAACCUUGAAGCUUCAGACUCACAGCCACCCUUCCUCCAGUCUUCCCUCAAUCUCCAGUCCUCCAGAUCGCCUGUGGUCCACGAGAAAGACAUCAACAGUCUUCCUGAAGCUCAGAGUAACAGGACGCCACUGUUGAGCCGUAAUGUGUCUCCCUAUUUAAAGGCCAUUCUGGAUGAGGAUGCCAGGCCUGCGCCCACUGAGGGAAGAACUUUUGAGGAAACCCAGAGGACUGGAUCGUCCCAUUCCAGCGAUGAAAAGUCAAGGGCCAUGCUGCCAGAAACAAGUUCAGUACAAGUGCAGGAUAAUCAGAGCCAAUCAGCACAGAGUCACCCCAGCUCUACAGCUGAGACUGAGAGUCUUAAUAACCCAGAAGCUGAGGGAAGUGUGACGGGACCUCAUUUAAUACAAGGGCCAAACUCCAGAGAUCCUGGGUGCAGUCAACAAUCCAGCCUCUCCCAAGGAAGUUGUACUUUGGCUGUUCCCGUUGACCACCAAAAGCCUUCACUAUCUGAAUCUUUGUCAGGAAGUGAUGUGCAGUGUCCACCACAAGAAAACCCAUCUGGUCCUGAUACGAUAGAAAGCCCCAAUAAGGACAGCAGGGAUUUGUCUGUUACACUUGUGUCACGCGUAUCAAUGUCUCCUCUACCGUCUCCACAACAACACUCAACCAACACCAAAGCAUCUUCACAUUCAGUUAGUCAGCAGGACGCCACCAUUGAUACCAUCAUCGACCCCUCUCUAAGACCAGAUGGCCCCUUGCCUACAAGUGUGGAGCCACAGGAUAGAAGUAUAGCAGAAACAGCAGAUGUUCGAUUGGAAGAAAAGGAGUCCACGUUGGGGGGUUCCAGAAUGGAAUGGAUGAGCAGCCCAGCAACUCCUCUGAGCACACUCAAAUCAAGCCCAGAUACCAAAAGAAAUGCAGAGACAAAAGAUGCAGCACAGGCGAUGGAUGCAACAGACCCUGCUGCCACAAGGCCACAAACAGAAACCUUAUCAUCUAGCGAUGCUCAGAUACAAAAAACAGAACAUGUUUCUCUCUCGUCGUCCUUACAGAAAGCCGAAUCUCUGUGCCCAAGUCCUGCCCAUGACCCCGAGGAGCCAAUGGAAGUCACCACAGAAGCUCCAGACGGGAGCAGUGGUGUCGAGAUGUUGGCAGAGAAGGCCAGUACAUCGUGGGAGACAACCACUCAGUUCCCAUCUACUUCUGAAACCAAACCGGAAGUUGCUGAGGAGAAAAACGAUCAACCAGCCGCUGAGGAUCAACCACCUUUAGAGUCUAGACCUAUAGUCCCCCUCAAUGAAGGUGAGAAGGGUCCAAUCUCUGGUGCAACUAGCCAGUCAGACGGCAGCACAGAGAUGGGGUUGUUGGAGGGCACCUCAGGAGGCUCUUCCCCACUAUCGGUCACAACCUCGGAAAGGGAUACUGAUUCCUCUGGAGCCAAGGCUAAGGCUCGCCCCCUAGAGGAUGAGGUGGACAUUCAGGUCCAUCACCCGAGGAAGAGGAAGAUGCCUCGCGUGUCUCCUUCUACCCAGCCUGUCCUGACAGCCCAGCAGAUGAAGGAGCGCACUCAGCAGUCCCUGGCCGCCAUCGUGGACUCUCUGAAGCUGGAGGAGAUCCAACCCUACCAGACAGAGCGGGCCAACCCUUACUACGAGUUCCUGCACAUCCGCAAGAAGAUCGAGGAGAAGCGUAAGGUGCUCUGCAGUGUGAUUCCGCAGGCUCCUCAGUACUAUGAUGAGUACGUCACCUUCAACGGCUCAUACCUGAUUCAUGGCAACCCACUCAGCAAGCUGUGCAUACCAACCAUAACUCCCCCACCCUCGUUGCCUGAGCCCCUGAAGGAGAUGUUCAAACAGCAGGAAGUUGUGCGGAUGAAACUGAGGCUUCAGCACAGCAUAGAACGGGAGAAGCUGAUAGUCUCAAAUGAGCAGGAAGUCCUGCGCGUCCACUACCGUGCUGCCAGAACACUAGCCAAUCAGACACUUCCCUUCAGCGCCUGCACUGUCUUAUUGGACGCUGAGGUCUACAACAUGCCCCAGGAAGUCCAGGGGGAAGAUGGGAAGACUUCUGUCAGAGAUCGCUUCAAUGCCAGACAGUUCAUGUCCUGGCUGCAGGAUGUUGAUGACAAGUUUGACAAACUUAAGACGUGUCUCUUGAUGCGCCAGCAGCACGAGGCGGCUGCUCUGAACGCGGUGCAGCGUUUGGAGUGGCAGCUGAAGCUGCAGGAGCUCGACCCAGCCACCUACAAGUCCACCAGCAUAUUCGAGAUCUCCGAGUUCUACAUCCCCUUGGUGGAGGUCAACGAUGACUUUGACCUCACCCCCAUAUGACCUCCCCCACCACACCACCAUAGCGACCCUUAAGACUCGACACCCGAGCCCACGAGGACGGAACAGGGAAUGUUCAUGCCGCCUAGCCUCGGAGCCAACGGCUGUUCCCACGGUAGUCUGGCCUCACAGCGAACAUGAAGCACUUAGUUGGAGGAGCUGGUGUGUUUGUGUGUGUGUGUGUGCGUGUGCGUGCGCCCGUGUGUUUUGAAUGUUUGUGUGUAUGAGUGGGUGAGCGUGUCUGCGCUGCGCACAGUAAUGACGUCAUCCUGUGACCUGUUGCUCCUGAGCUCUUACAUGCCCUAAAUAAACAAACAAACAAACAAGCAAGCGCGUGUGAAGAGGCACGUGAGUGGUGGUCGGUUCCCCUCUGGCCUGAGCACCUCUACUGGGCCCAAACACAGGCUCCUGGUCCAGAUGCACUUGUGUCCCCUGCCAGGCCUGGUCCAACCACGGAGGUCCUGCGGCCUGGCCCACCGCCACACUCUGCACUUGUUCUCGGUCCAUGAGGGGUUGCCGCAGGACCGGGUCUGACCUUAUUGCACUUAAAAGACCCUUCUCAACCCUCCAGAGCAGAUAAUGGAUCACCCCAGCACCGAAUCAAACUCAGCCCUAUCCCUCCCACACACAAACUGGCUCGUUGUCAGCCGAGAUGGAUGGAGGGAGGGAAAGGAGAAGAGAGAUGUCCCUUUUCACUUCACUCUUACCAGAGGACUUGAGAGGUUUUGAAACCGAAUAUCUAUACACAUGUACAGACUGUGCUCCAGCAUCUGUUCCUUUUGUUUUUGUUUUUAACUUAUUUUAUACGUACUGAUUGUGCAUUUGUACAUAGCAGUGUAAUUAUUGUUUUGAUUAUUUUUUUUUUUCAACUUGUAAAAAAAAGUACAUUUUAAAAAAGGACAUUCAAUCUAAGGAACUGAAAUUGAAACAAAAAAGGAAAAAUUUCAAGCGAUUGAUCCUUUCUUGAUUGUAAAACUUCUAAUGUUUCUGUCUGUUUAAUGGACCAGAGUUUGGUUUAUUUUUUAUUUUUAAUAUAUAUCUAUAUAUUGGUCGUCUCCUCUGUCGUUGUUUGAUGUCGCUUAAUUCUUAAGCAUGUGCGUGUUCUUUGGAAUUUUUUUGUUGUUGAUUUCCUUCUCUCUUGUUUUCUUACGCAUUUCUUCCUGACUGUUUCUCCUUGUGGGGGUUGUCAUCACAGCAGCUGUUCUUAGACUUGUGAUGUCGAUGCUGUGCAUGCGUUCGUUCUUUUUUCUGUGGACUCUAGUGAGGUGAACCGCAGUGGUCCCUGCUUUUUCCCCCACCCUGCGCCAUCGUCGUGUCUCCUAGCAACAGCUCACCUCCCCAUGUAUCGUCUUUGUCUCGCGCACAUUGAGGAACUUUAAAAGAAGAGAAAUAAGAGUUUCGUCACGUGGCUUCUCUUUAGAGGAAAAAAAAAUAAACCUUACUUUUACAGUUUCAAUGUGAUAUCACAGCAAAACCUAUUUUUACAACAUAAUGCCUUUUGAACGAUGGUUCUAAAAAUAUGUCUAUUUUAAUAUUUACUUGUUACAUGACCUGUAAAUAGCUGUAAUAUAUAAUUGAAUAAAUUUUAUUGGUUGUGAAAUUAAA